AUAACUACUGUGUUACGAGAAGAAGAGAGAGGGAAAAAAUGGCUCUGCGAUCUGUCGUUUCGCGCAGUGAGCUGUGUCGUUUAAUGGAAAGCAGCUGGCGAUCAUCUGCUUCGGGCAUUCGCUACUUCAGCGACGGAAAAGGUCGUGUCCUCGGUGAAGAAGAGCGCGCUCAGGAAACCGUCUACAUUCAGAAAAUGGAGAGGGAGAGGCUGGAGAAGUUGAAGAAGAAGGCGGAACAGGAGAAAUCGGAGAAGGAGAAAUCUGACAAGGCUGGUGGCAGUGCACGUAAAUAAGAGGCUGAUGUGUGUUACGCUGCUCUAGGAUGACUUGUGAGCUUCGUGGUUUAUUUGCUGCAACAGAGAAAUAAAUGCACCCUACUCUGUGUGAGUCUUCUUGUUCAGACAUAUUACAAUGUUUUUUUGUUCUUUUUAAUGUUCCUAUGUAUGAUGUAUGUGUAUAUUCAACUUGGUUUCUUGAAAGUUUUCAUUCUGAUUUCAUACA